CUCUUGGGUGGAGAUGAUAAAGUGAAAGAUGUGAAACAAAAACUUGAAUGUUGGAGAGAAAUACUUACACCAUUACAUUCAUUAAUGAUAUGGGAACAGCCUUACUAUCCUGCAGUUCUUGCUGGACUUGUUACCAUGAUGUGUAUUCUCGCAUGGUAUUUUGAACCUGCUGUCUAUACAAGCAUUGCUCUAAUUGGUAUCGGUGGUUGUAUUCUGGAUUAUGCUGUACCUGUUGUCAUCAGUAGUUUCUUCGAUCCAGCAAAGUGGACAAGAGUACAGGAGAAGAAGUUUGAAGAGAUCUGUCAGUCCAUCGUGGAAGCACAAAAGCAAGCAUGUGAUUUGUGGGACAAUUUUGUGGAACUGAGGAAAUCUAAACCAAAUAUGUACUUUGCAAGUGCUCUGGCUUUUCUAUUCACUUUGGCUUGGAUUGGAAGUUUGGUGGAUAAUCUGGUGCUGAUAUUCCUGUUAGCAAUGUGCGUGGUGAUGUUUCCUGGUUUGAAGUACCAUGGAAUAAUUGAUAGGUACGUCACUGAAGGAUUGCAGCAUCUAAAGAUGACAGUCGGGCAGAAGCUGAAAAAGAACUAAGGACUGUUGCUACUCUGAUGCAGCAACAUAGCAUGCUGACAAGAAAAAUGGCUUCAUACUUUUCUGCAGUAAAUAUUGUAUAUGACAAAACAUAUUGCUAGUACAUUUUUUAAAUGCAGCAGUUAUCCUAAAUUAUAUUCAGAUAGAAUUGUGAUGUAAAAAUUAACAUUAAUCAUCAUCUUGCACAUACGUCAAGCAUGAUGUAAUCUGUUGCACACAUUCAUCUUUGAAAGAUGAGUUGGUCUGGUAUCAGCACUAAGAGAAAUUGAUAGAUGCAAAUAUGAUAAAUACAUUUUUGUCUUAUUUAACAAAGUCAAGCAUAACAAGUUUAUUUCUGUCAAACAAAUUGGUCAUUCAGCAUGCAUGCUUUACAUAAAGUAAUCAAUAUGCUUAUCAGUAACUUCUGAUCUUAGCAAACAGCCGACAUGUUUUACAUAAAGUUAUUAAUAUGCUUAUCAGUAAUUUCUGAUCUUAGCAAACAGCCGACAUGUUUUACAUAAAGUUAUUAAUAUGCUUAUCAGUAACUUCUGAUCUUAGUAACCUGCUGACAUGUUUUACAUAAAGUAAUCAAUAUGCUUAUCAUUAACUUCUGAUCUUAGCAAGCAGCCAUCAUGUUUUACAUAAAGUAAUCAAUAUGCUUAUCAGUAACUUCUGAUCUUAGUAAACUGCUGACAUGUUUUGCAUAAAGUUACCAAUAUGCUUAUCAGUAACCUGCCAACAUGUUUUGCAUAAAGUUAUCAAUAUGCUUAUCAGUAACUUCUGAUUUUAGUAAGCUGCCAAUAUGUUUUACAUAAAGCUACCAGUAUGCUUAUCAGUAACUUCUAAUCUUAGUAAACUGCUGACAUGUUUUACAUAAAGUUAUUAAUAUGCUUAUCAGUAACUUCUGAUCUUAGCAAACAGCCGACAUGUUUUACAUAAAGUUAUUAAUAUGCUUAUCAGUAACUUCUGAUUUUAGUAAGCUGCCCACAUGUUUUACAUAAAGUUAUUAAUAUGCUUAUCAGUAACUUCUGAUCUUAGUAAGCUGCCCACGUUUUACAUAAAGUUAUUAAUAUGCUUAUCAGUAACUUCUGAUCCUAGUAACCUGCU